AUGAUCCUUCCGGCCUUUGCUCUUCUCGCCCUCUCUUCCGUCGUGGCCGCGCAUAGUGACCAUAACCAGGCUCCAGUGGCUGGUCCAUAUAAGGAUAUAUGGUAUAACACACUCCCUGGCGAUGGGGGAAUUCAGGCCGACUCUGUGUUCAGCGGUAUUUCGACCUUUGGUAGAAUCCCAUAUCAUCCAUGUCUAGCCAGCGAUGAGGAGAAAUACGACAUUGCUUUUAUCGGGGCUCCUUUUGACACUGGCACUUCGUACAGACCCGGUGCUCGGUUUGGGCCCAGUGGCAUUCGGCAGGGAUCGCGCAGAUUGAACCUCUACGGUGGAUAUAAUGUGCCCUUGAAGGCAAAUCCGUUCCAUGGUGGCCUGAAGGUGCUGGAUUGUGGUGAUAUCCCUGUUACCUCGUACGACAACGAAUGGGCCAUCCGCCAGAUAGAAGAAGGCCACAACAGCAUCCUCAUGAGAAAGCCCUUCACAGAUGCCAACAAGAAAGGCAUCUCCAAGACCGGGAAGACACUCCCCCGCAUCAUCACCCUCGGAGGCGACCAUACCAUCACUCUCCCCAUCCUCCGCAGUCUGAACAGGGCCUACGGACCGGUCACCGUCGUCCACUUCGACAGCCACCUCGACACAUGGAAGCCCAAGGUCUUCGGUGGUUCCCCGUCCAAGACUGCGUCCGUUAACCACGGAACGUACUUCUACCACGCUGCCAUGGAGGGACUCCUGAAGAACGACACAAACAUCCACGCGGGCAUCCGGACGACUCUUUCCGGUCCCUCGGACUACGAGAAUGACGGAUACUGCGGGUUCGAGAUUGUUGAGGCGAGGGAGAUUGAUACCAUUGGCACCGACGGCAUCAUCAAACGAAUCCGCCAAAGAGUAGGAACUAACCCUAUCUACGUCUCCAUCGACAUCGACUCCCUCGAUCCGGCCUUUGCCCCGGCAACAGGCACGCCCGAGACAGGAGGCUGGAGCACGCGCGAACUCCGCACCAUCAUCCGCGGCCUGGACGGUCUAAAUAUCAUCGGCGCUGAUAUCGUCGAGGUGGCGCCUGCUUAUGAUACGGCUGCUGAGCAUACUACUAUGGCCGCCGCUGAUGCACUCUACGAGGUGAUGACGAUCAUGACCAAAGCCGGUCCAUUGACUCUUCCUGAGAAUGAGGCUGAUGAGUGGUAGCUGCUUGCGUUUGUGGACGGGGGUGUCCGAGCCGUGCUGGGUCGGGUCGUAGGGUGUACCGUAUUGGUUUUCCUGGUUUGGUCUGUUCUACUGGGGGAACUGUGUUGAUGUAUAUAACCCCGUGGUGCCGGUUUGUUCUGAAAAGGAAUGAAGGAUUUGAGUGUAUAGUAUCAAGUGGAAGGCAUUUAUUUAUUUGUCAGUUCAAGGCCGUCAUUAUGCAUGACUGAGUAGGUGUCAUACCCCAGCGUAUACAUGAAAAUAAAAGAUAUCCCAACGCCAACCCAACCAUGCGGAAAUCAAGCUUACACAGACCCAAAUAACUUCACUUGGUAAAUACAAGUGACAUUCCCGCCCCAGUUCGAUGUGACCCGGAAAACGACCUUGUUAACCCUGAUCCCCGGUAGAUCAACGAUCGCCUCUAGGGGAAACUCCUGCGCAUAGUCUCGGCCAUGGAGGUUGUAUUCCCAGCGACCGAGGCGGUAAAAUCCCUUACCCAUGUACUCGUCACCGGCGGCGUCCGUUGAGUACGAGGUUUCCGGUUCCUUCUCGUAGACUUUUCGUAGGACGCCCAUGAUGGUCUCGUGGAGUAGGAAUUUCCCCGAUAAGCUGUAGGAAUACGGUGUGGGGGAUGAUGAGGUGGGGAUCUUUUCCGGCUGCAGACGAGAUGGGAUGAUUGACAGCCAUCGAGGGAACCAGGAGAACAGUGAGGCUGACGGUGAAUCGGGCACUUCGCCCCAGUACUGAGCCCAAAGUUCCAUGCGUCGCGGGGCAACGUCCGGCAUGAGUGUCGCCUCAUGGGGUAUGUGUUCGAUUUCCACACUUGCGGGGACAAUCUGCCGGCCGAGUGAUACUGCUAGCUGUACCAUUCCAUUCCGGGGAGUACUGCACCAGCAAUCGCCGACAUCGUUCCAGGGGAGGAAAACGGUAGCAGGGGAGUUUUCUUUCCGUCCGCCAAAGACCCAGAAAUACACUCGCUGAAACCAAUUUGGCUUCUUGCCAGCCGUCGGAGUGGUUCUGUUAGGAUCGACGAUGGGCCCGGUUCCAUACGACAAAAAGUUGAUCUUCGACUUUGCCUUGUGACCCGGUAUGGGUCGGGCGUUGUUAUCGAAAAUCGUGUUGGCUA